AUGUGUGAUGAUCUUAUGAGAAAAUUAAUGAAAAAAUUAAAUAUGCUAAUACCUGAAUGGGAACUUCAUCGACGAAUAAAUAUUACCAUUAAGCAACAAAUUGUUUCAAUAAUUGGUUUAGAUCUUAAUCAAGAUAUUGCUUAUACACUUUUUUCAACAGUAAGAAUACUUGUAAAACAAAAUACGCAAACAAUAUAUGAUUCAAAACUAAUCAAAGUAAAAUAUAUAUUGAUUGAUAUUAAAAUGGGAUCUAACUCAUCACAACCACCAACAGAAUUAAGUGAAGAAGAUAUAGAAUUUAUUUCAACUAAUGCUAAAAUGGAUCAUAAAAGUGUUCAACUUUGGUAUGGAAAACUUAAGGCUGCUUGUCCAAAUGGAAAAAUUUCUAAGGCGGACACAGUAACUUUCUUACGAAGUAUCAAUAGUUGUAAAGGAGACCAAAUUGAAAAGCAAGCAAAUGAGAUUCAUAAAGCAUUUGAUGCAAAUAAUGAUGGUGUUGUUGAUCAACGUGAAUUUUUAAUUGGUUUCGCAUUAACUUCUAAUGGUAGUAUACAAGAAAAGCUUAAAUAUGUUUUUCGAAUGUAUGAUCUUGAUAAAAAUGGUGUUAUGAGUAAAAAAGAAAUUGAUCGGAUGGUUAAAAUUGCAAUGAAAGCUCAUGCAAAUGAUGAUCCAAAAAAAAAAUCACGUAUUCUUGAUGAAUUUAGACGAUCACUUGAGCAUCUUAAUCAAGGCAAAGCUCUCAAUGAUAUAGAAAUAACUUCAGAAGAGUUUGUUCAAUUAUUAAUGGAAAAUAAAGAAUUAUGCGAAUUUAUAUCACCAUUCAGCAUUGAACAACCACAAGAUGUCAAUGUUCAACAGUCACGUGCUCAGUCAAAAUAG